AUGACGAGCGCGUUGGUAUAUAUUCGGGAUCGUAGAGGUGGUUUGAUCAAAUGCCGUGCUCUGUUAGACACUUGCGCCACAGCCAAUUUCAUCUCAGAGUCCAUUGUUAAACGUUUAGACAUACACGUGGUCGCACAUUCUUUACCGAUCGGUGCGAUUAACAGCAUAAAUACCGAAUCGAGGGGUGUGGUACAAAUCACCGUGCAAUCGACACGCGACGGUUUUAGCAAGGAAUUGACGUGUCUAACAAUACCGGCUAUCGCGGAUCUGAUACCCUCUGAGAUUUUUCCGCGUAAUUCGAUCAAAUUGCCACCGAACGUCAGGUUGGCGGAUCCAGAAUUUCAUCUACCGCGUUCGGUCGAUUUGUUAAUCGGUUCCGGAGCGACGUUAUCUUUGUUCGCCGUCGGCCAGAUCAAUUUGUCGCGCGAAGGUCAUGAUCUGUAUCUCCAAAAGACGCGUCUAGGAUGGGUGGUCGCCGGGAGUACGUCGUCACAGAGCCCAUCAAAAUUCGUGACGUGUCAUUUAACGAAUCUAGAAGAUUUAUUGCUUAGGUUCUGGACAGUCGAGGAGGUCGCAAUAGAUAAGCCGAAAUCCGAAGAGGAUACGGAAUGUGAAACGCAUUUCAUGAGAACCGUGUCUCGUGACGGUUCCGGACGAUACACAGUCCGUCUACCGUUUCGCAGUACAGGAAAGCGCUUCGGCGAAUCACGAACUUUGGCACUCAAACGUUUAGCAUCACUAGAGCGUAAACUUAAUGCGAACAUGACAUUAAAAAACGAAUACACGCGGUUGAUAGAAGAAUAUUUGAAUCUAGGGCAUAUGUCGCGAAUAGAUGACCCAGGCGACGACGGUUACUAUAUGCCUCAUCACGCGGUAAUUAAAGAAUCUAGCAACACGACGAAGGUUCGGAUAGUAUUUGAUGCAUCCGCGAGAUCGAACGCUGGCAUUUCUCUCAAUAAAAUGUUGUUGAUAGGUCCCACUAUUCAGAAUCCGUUGAUUUCACAUUUAAUCCGUUUCCGUGCCUAUAAAUACGUUGUAACGGCGGAUAUCGAAAAAAUGUAUCGCCAAGUAUGGUUACACGAGGAGGAUCGACCGUAUCAGCGUAUUUUGUGGCGUAGGAAUGGUAACGUGGAAACAUUUCAGCUCAACACAUUAACUUUCGGUGUGUCUUUGUCGCCGUUUCUCGCAAUUCGUACCGUACAUAAACUCGCGGACGACGAAUCUCUCGUAUAUCCCAAGGCGGCCGAGAUUCUUAAAACGCACCUAUACGUCGAUGAUCUAUUAACCGUGUAA